AUGAUCGAAGUUGUGAUGGCUAUCCGUAAGGACAAAUUUAAGGCUUAUCCCGCGGUUCUCGAAGAAUUAGAUCUUAUCGAUGAAGAUGACCAAAUUACGCAUACUCUAUCGCUGGAAGACGCGAUAAACCCGGAAAAUGAACUGAAUGUCUUCAAACUGGACCCUGAAUUUGAAAAGAAUGAGAAACAGUACGAAGAAAUCCGUGCUGAGAUCAUUGGCGACGCUGAUGAUAGCGAUGAAGAAGGCAGUGAUGAAGACGGAGAGGGAAGUGGUGGUGAAGUUGAUGAAGAGCAGGCAGCCGCGGCUACGUCGGGAACAACCGAGAUCAUUGACAACACCGAACAAAACCUCGUUGCAUUUCGACGUGAAGUAUACCUCACGAUACAGUCAUCGCUUGACUUCCAAGAAGCUGCACAUAAGUUGCUGAAGAUGAAAGUACCGAAGGAGUUGGAGGUGAAUGGUUUAUACACGCUUUCACCUACUUACUAG